AUUGCAAAAUUUUCAGUUUCUCUUCAACUGUCCGUGCAAAACCUUUUCCAUUAUAAGGCCUACGAGAUCGUAUAAAGACGUGACAUUAUUUUAGAAUGGCAGAAGUAACAAGUACUCUAAAUCUUCUAUCGUCUGAUAAUCCCGUAUUUUGUUGUUAUUGCUUUUGGGCUGGCCUAUUGGUGCUGAAAAUGCUGCUGAUGACGCUAUUGACUGCAGCGAGACGAUUUUCGAAAAAGUCAUUUGUCAAUCCCGAGGAUUUGGCACUGAGCAAAGCAGCAGAAGUUUCAUUUCAAGAUCCUGAUGUAGAACGUGUUCGAAGAGCCCAUCGCAAUGAUUUGGAGAACAUUUUACCCUAUUUGUUGAUUGCCUUGGCCUACAUUACAACCGGGCCGAAUGCCAUUGUGGCACGUUUAUUAUUUUGCAUCGUUGCCAUAUCGCGUAUAUUUCACACAGCGAUUUAUGCCUUUCGACCGGUACCACAGCCAUCGCGGUCCAUUGCCUUCUUUGUGCCCUUCUUUAUAACCCUGUACAUGACGUUUUGUGUAAUCGUCAAAAUGGCCAAAUACGUUUAGAUAUGACAGAGAGGCAGAGAGACAAGCCAAAAAAGAUACGAUGAGUGGAAAUUUUUUCUCAUGCUUUGUUUUGUUAAAUACAAUUCAAAUAAAAAUCCAUGAAAUAAAUAAAUAAA